AUGAAGAAAAUGAUAGCAAUAGGUUUUGAAGGUUCAGCAAACAAAAUAGGUGUUGGAAUAGUAACCCUAGAUGGAACAAUUCUUUCAAAUCCACGCCAUACCUAUAUAACUCCACCAGGUCAAGGUUUUCUACCAAGAGAAACAGCGCAACAUCAUUUUCAACACGUUCUUCCACUUGUUAAAGCGGCUUUGGAAACAGCACAGGUUACUCCACAAGAUAUAGACUGCAUUUGUUACACCAAAGGUCCUGGUAUGGGAGCUCCAUUGCAAGUUUCUGCUAUUGUAGUUCGUGUGCUUUCGAUGCUUUGGAAGAAACCAAUUGUUGGUGUUAAUCAUUGUGUGGCGCAUAUUGAAAUGGGUAGGGUUGUAACAGGGGCUGAUGACCCUGUUGUUUUGUAUGUUAGUGGUGGUAAUACUCAGGUUAUUGCUUAUAGUGAAGGGCGGUACCGUAUUUUUGGGGAGACUAUUGAUAUUGCUGUUGGGAAUUGUUUGGAUCGGUUUGCGAGGGUGUUGACACUUUCUAAUGAUCCUAGUCCUGGAUAUAACAUUGAGCAGCUUGCAAAGAAAGGAGAGCAAUUUAUAGAUCUUCCUUAUGUUGUCAAAGGGAUGGAUGUAUCUUUUAGUGGAAUAUUGAGCUAUAUUGAAGCAACUGCUAAUGAAAAGCUAAAGAAUAAUGAGUGCACACCUGCAGAUUUAUGCUACUCUCUGCAGGAAACACUGUUUGCCAUGCUGGUGGAGAUAACUGAGCGUGCCAUGGCUCACUGUGACACAAAAGACGUUCUUAUAGUUGGAGGUGUAGGUUGCAAUGAGCGCCUACAAGAGAUGAUGAGAACAAUGUGCUCUGAACGUGGUGGAAGGUUGUUUGCUACUGAUGAUAGAUACUGUAUUGAUAAUGGUGCAAUGAUAGCUUAUACUGGUCUUCUUGAAUUUGCCCAUGGUGCGUCGACUGCACUGGAGGAUUCUACAUUCACCCAGCGGUUCCGGACAGAUGAAGUCAAAGCCAUAUGGAGAGAAGCAAAUUUGGCAAAAUCAAAUAGUCUUGUGGACAAAAGUAUUUGA